AUGAAUGCGCAGUCUGUUUAUAAAAUAGGGAAAUAUGAUGACAGAAUUUUAAACAAGUUUUUAUUGGGCAUUGAUCAAGUUGCAAUGGCAUCAGAAUUGCCAUACGAAGUUGUAUCCCUUAUCGCAUCACAUGUUGAGAAUGAUAGCAGACUUACCGGAGCCUUAGUCUGUAAACAGUGGACAGAACCAUUUUUAAACGCACAUUGGUAUUCCUUUGGUAUCUUCCAGAUAAUAGCAGAUCGCAUUUGCGAUACAUCCAACCUGGAAAACAUAUAUUUAAAUAACGCGCAUAGAGUAUGUGAGCUAAGGCUUUCUGAUCGAUCAAUUAUCGAUAUGGAAUAUCGCCCAAAACUACGGCAAAAUUACAGUGGAAUAAAACGUCUUAAAUACUAUGAACCAAAUAGACGCCGCAGUUUUACAGAGAUAAUUGAUUGGAGUAUCUGGAAUUUUUUGUCGCAUCUGGAAAUACGUUUUCAUUGUCAAAGCGACAUUGUAUUGGAAGAUGUUUUUACGAGCCUAUCGGGAUCACCUCAUCUUAUUCACCUCACAUUACUCCAUCAGUACCUGUUAGAGAGUUCUGAUAUCAGGAACACUGUUUCGUGGCUAGAUAUCGAAUUACUCCACUUAAAGGCACCACAACUGGAAUAUCUAAACAUUGAUUUCGCGCACAUAAAAAUAUCGAAUUACGAGGUGAAUAAUAUAAGACAUGUUUUACCAGCACGUACUGUCACAAAAGCAAUAUUUGAUAAUGAUAAAAUUGACACUUCCUGGGUAUUUUACUUUGCGCUCAAAUACCCAAAUUUACACCAUCUGGAAUUUAAAAACAAUGGCACCAUUUAUGGAACGCGCGAAGCUUACUAUGAAAAAACGUAUGAAAAAGAUAUACGACUACUAUCAACACUCGAUCAAUUCUUUCCUUGCUUAAAGAAUAUAAGCUUAGAUCCGUUAAAUUAUAAUUCUUGGCCGUUUUCUAUAUUCUACGACACUCUUCGGCACUUUGGCGUAAACGUUGAAAGAGCUAAAAUUCGUGUUAUCCACUGGGACCGAGCUUGGACAAGAAGUUUACACAGUUGCGUUGAAUUUAGUCCAAAAUCAUUGAGGGUUUUGUGGGCAGAUUUUGGUCACGAAUCUGUUAAUCCCGCAUAUAAAGGACAGAUUCCGAGUAUAUUACCUUUAUAUCCAUGUCUGGUCGAGUUACAUUUCAUGGUCGUCGGUGGUAUUGAAAUCGACGUUAUGCUAGAUAAAUGUCCAUCAUUGCGAUUAUUGGACAUACAUUUUUCCUCAGUACGCAUCUCUGAGAAGCCAAAUCACAACCCACACCCUCUACAAAGAUUAAAUCUACAUAAUCUGCGUACGGCCACGCCAAUCUUUAAAUAUUUAUCCUUCCGUUGCAAGCAACUUUUAUUCAUGAAAUUAGAACAUGUUGAGUUUGAGAUAUCUGAAUCUACGAAAAACAGGGAGAUUUUUAUUGAGAUGCCGUACACCCAGUUGGACACACUUAUCCUCUAUAGUAUAGGAACAUAUCGUGGCUUUGUAAAGCAUUUUGUUAUUAAACAAGAGGAUAACAUCGAUGUUAGUCAAUUAGACUUGACCAACCAGCAACAGCCUAUACGAUCAAGCUGGUAUCACAUAUGCAAGGGCGAGACAAAACAUUUUGCAUGGGAACUUGGGAAACGAGAGGUUGAAUACGCUCAAAGAUUCUUCCAAGACGUUACGAACUUUGACAGUGAUGAGAAUAAAAUCAUGGGUUACAGCAACAUAAGUUACAGUUCUUCUCUAAAGAAAGAUUGGAAAUCAGAUCUUAAAUAUGGCUACUUUUCUCUUCGAGUCAAAUCUGUUAAAGGCUAUCAUCUUGACAAAGAAGAAUUACUCGAAAAGAGUUAUUCAUUGCCGAUAAUGUAUUUGCCAUCCGUACAAUAA